CAUAUGUUUUUAGAUAUAGUUAUAUUUGUUUUACUAAAAAUUACCAUAUUUAUCAUUUGUGGCAUUCAUGAAGACUUAAUCUAACGAAAUUAACCAUAACUUAAUUUGUUUAUGUUGAACUAAAUUGACAUGUCAUAUUGAAAUUCAUAAUUUUCAUUUAAAUUAUUAUUUAGAAAACUGUGGAAAUUGCAACUGAAAACUCUCCAUCUCCGUCUUCUUUAUAAUCUCUGCAAAAGAACGAAUGUAAGACGAUUCAGAAACAGGAAGAACUGGAGAUGGGAACCCAUAUUCCCAUCGCCCCGUUCUACUGAUCCAACCCUCAAAUCAAUUUCCCAGAAAAUUUAAACCCAUUUCCCCCAAAAAGCCCUCAGAUCCGUCCAAAUUCCCCCAAUGUCACCGGUAAAAUUCUCCGCCGGCUACGGCACCGUACCCUCUCCGGCUGCCUCCACCUCCGCCGGAGUUCCACCAUCUUUCCCUUCCAGUUCCUCCUUCCUCGAACGUGCUAAAUCCACCACGCAAUCCCUAAUCGCCACACGGCGGCCAUGGCGAGAGCUCUUCGAUUUCUCCGCCUUUUCUCUCCCUUUCAGCUAUGACGACGCCAUGGCCAGAAUCCGCCAGAACGUCGACUACUUUCGUGUUAAUUACGCCUUGGUGAUGCUCAUAAUCGUUUUCUUCAGCCUGUUCUGGCACCCGAUUUCGAUCAUCGUAUUUCUCCUCAUCUUCGUUGGUUGGUUGUUCUGCUACUUCCUUCGCGACCAGCCUCUCGUUCUCUUCAACCAAACAUUCGAUGAUAAAAUUGUUUUGGGGGUUUUGAGCAUUGUUACCAUCAUUGCUCUUGUUUCUACUGAUGUCGGAUCGAAUGUUUUGGGAGCCCUAAUUACAGGUGUCGCUGUGGUCGGACUUCACGCGGCGUUUCGGAUUACAGCGGAUCAUUUCCUCGACGAGGAGACCGCCGCAGAAGGGGGAUUGCUGUCGGUUGUGGGAAAUCAGCAACAACAACAA